AUGGAAUGCAAUCGGGAUGAGGCUCUUCGGGCCAGAGAGAUUGCUGAGAUUAAGUUCAUGGCAAAGGAUAUUGCUGGUGCUAAAAGGCUUGCAUUACAGGCACAGAGGCUUUAUCCUGAGUUGGAUGGUAUUUCCCAGAUGAUUGCAACCCUGAAUAUCCAUCUCUGUGGAGAGGCAGUGAUUAAUGGGGAGAAGGAUUGGUACUCUGUCCUAGAUCUCAAUGCGUCAGCUGAUGAAGAAAUGGUUAAGAAACAAUAUAGGAAGUUUGCUCUGAUGCUUCAUCCUGAUAAGAACAAAUCAGUAGGCGCUGAAGGAGCUUUCAAGCUCAUUUCAGAGGCUUGGAGUAUACUUUCAGAUGGGAGUAGGAGAAUGGCAUAUGAUCAGAAGGUAAACGCAAAAGGAUAUAAACUGGGAGAUUCACAGCCUAACGAAGGUCCUUAUUCAAAUGCUACAAAUGGCUUCCAGAAUUUUGAAAAAAGUCCGAGCUCUAGUGAGAGGACAGAGAAAAGCUCUUCUUGUGGUGCUCCCUCCGCCAUUCCACAUCUCGAUACGUUCUGGACUUCGUGCAACCACUGCAAAAUGCAAUAUGAAUAUCUCCGAAUUUACGUCAACCACAAUCUUCUCUGUCCAAGCUGCCAUGAGCCCUUUUUGGCAUUUGAGAUCCCAGUUCCUCUUAACAGAACUAGUUCUUCUAUUCCCUGGGCUACGAAGAAGCAUCAGCGGGGUUCAAACCGUCGUGAAGCAAAGCAGAGCUCUUACGGCCAUGAGAAGACAUCAUCGAUUCCAGGUACGAACUUCCAGAAUGGCGCAUUUUACAGUUCCACGGGAUCAUUUUCCACUUGUGCUCAGACAGUCAAUCUGGUUCAUCAGACUUGUGAAAAAGUGAGAAAGGAGCAUGAGCCUGGAGCGGCCGGAAAAAGGCAGAAAGCCACUCAGAGGAAAUCUAGGCGUGAGGAGUAUUCAGAAAUCUGUCAUGCAGGGUAUUCCAAUUAUUAUGCCUACAGCAUGGAACGUCUUAACAACCCCAGCAAGAAAAGCAUGCGUGGACGUGAGGUGCUUGACUGUAGAACAGACCAUUCGGAGGGAGCCACUCUUCCUGGUACCGUCCACGUAUCCUUCCACAACGUCGUUGACCUUGUUAGAACGGAAGGGGUCGGAGGUGACCAUGCGGAUCACGGCAAGGCUAGAGUGAACGGUAGGCACAGUAGUGGCGCAGGCAAAGGCUUUGGCCAUGUGGAUAUUCGAAAUAUGUUAAUUCUGAAGGGCAAAACUGUGGUUUGGAAGAAAUUAGAGGAAUGGAAUGCCAAAUUCGCAGCAGAGAAAGCAAGGCAAAAAGGUGAUAAAGGGAGAAUGGCGGCCGAAGGAGACCAACUGGGCGCAUCCACAACCAAACGUGCUCCUGAUGACACCCAUGGGCAUAACGACAAGCCGCCUGGUCGUGAAGGUCUAUCGAUGAACGUCCCCGACCCGGAUUUCCACGACUUUGAUGAGGAUCGCUCAGAGAGAUCCUUUGAAGCGGAUCAGGUGUGGGCCACAUAUGACGACGAGGAUGGGAUGCCGCGCUUCUAUGCUAUGAUCCAGAAAGUUGUGUCCUUUGAGCCCUUCAGGGUUCGACUGAGCUUUCUCAACUCCAAAAGCAACAGCGAAUUCGGCCCGUUGAACUGGGUCGGCUCGGGCUUCACCAAGACUUGCGGAGAUUUCAGAGUAGGCAAGUACCAGAUCCAUGACACCGUGAACAUCUUCUCUCACCGGGUGAGGUGGGAGAAAGGGCCCCGUGGAGUCGUCAGAGUUGUUCCUCGGAAGGGUGACAUUUGGGCCGUUUAUAAGAAUUGGUGCCCCGAUUGGAACGAGCACACCCCAGACGAGCUUGUCCAUCAAUAUGAAAUGGUUCAAGUGGUGGAGGAUUACAGUGAAGAAGGUGUGUGCGUCACCCCCUUGGUCAAGGUCACCGGUUUCAAGACAGUCUUCUGUGGACGCCCCGAUCCCAGGGAGGUAAGAAGGAUUCCAAGGGAGGAGAUGUUCCGCUUCUCCCAUCAGGUUCCGUAUUUUACGCUGACAGGUGAAGAAGCUGAGAACGUCCCAAGGGGGUCUUGCGAGCUAGACCCAGCAGCUACCCCUUUGGAGAUUCUUCAGGUGUUAGCUGAACCCGAGGAAGACAUGGCAGGUGGUUCUGAGAAAUAG